AUGGGGUCGGCGUGGUUCAAAUCGGGAAAUGUCAAAAGCCGACUGGACGGGAUUAGAGAAGCGCCGGUGGUGAUUGGUGGACAAUUGGUCGUGGCUCUAUCGCGUGGGGCGGUGGCAAUACUCAAUAUGCGGUGUAGGUCACUCACAGACUCGUCAGUCGGACUCGUCACCCGCGCGCUCUCUCUCCCCGGGUCAGCUGCGACCGACCAACUCAACUCGCCCAAGUAUUUCUUCGCGCUCUCUCCUCCUCCUCGCCUUUUCGUCUGUCCGUAUCGCUCGUGGCCCGCCUCCCGUCGUGCGGCCGAUCGCUAUCGUCUGCGCAUGCACCGCGCCCGCACCGUCAACCUGACCUCCGACGAGAUUGUCGAAGUGCGAGCCGCCCAGCGCACCUUCGAGGGCGCCUACGUCCGCACGGCCUUGUCCCAGUUCUCCUUCGCCCUCGUCGUCCUCAAGAUCUUCACCCACGAGUUCUACAGUACUGGUGCUCUAUUUGCCAUCUACGGCACCGGCGUUCUCAUCAUCGGCCUCUUCCGCCGCCAGCAGGGCAACCGUCAGUUCUUCUCCGAGGUGGGAGAGGACGGCGUGCAUCGUCACAAAUUCCGCACCAGCGGCAAUGCCGUCGUCGUCCUGACCGCUCUGAGUAUCGCUGCCUACGCCACGCUCAUCGCUCUCACCGUGCGUUUAGAUCGUUAG